AUGCCGCUGCCAUCGCCGUUGCACAAACUGCUCUGCGUGUGGCACAUUGUCAGCUUCUUCGAUUACCAGAAGAAAUUACGCCUUCUGUUGAGUUCGUGCAACCUGCAAUACGAUUAGAACACCCAGAAGUUCCGCUUUGACCAUCAGGUGUUCAACUUCUAGAGCCUCAUUUGUCUUUGGUUUUCCUUUGUCUUACUUGUGGUUGAUCACAUCAUGUGCUUGUGUUAUAUAAUGAUAAAGAGAUCUCUGCUAAGGCCAUUGAAAGAGAUGCCCCAGUCAAAAAUGGGAACUACGUUUUGUGUGUCCGUAAAGCGGGCCUUUUGCUGUUCCUGACUGAUUUCCAUUGAAUUGCACAAUUUUUACAAAAUGCAUGGUCGUCUGGAAAAGAUUCAGCAAGAUAUCUCUCAUUAUUUCAGUGACUAUCUUUCUCAUUAUUUCAUGUACUAUCUGUGA